AUGCAAGAAAGUGAAAUUCUCGAAAGCAUGAAUGACCAAGAUGUAAUGGACGUUCAUUAUAUGAAGGACGGGAAUGUGCGAACGAAAACUGGACUGUGUUUUUUGACCUUUGCUUUAAAUAAGAUCCCCGAAUAUGUCAAUGUUGGAUAUGAACGUGUUCAAGUAAGACCUUACAUUCAAAAGCCAAUGCAUUGUAAUAGCUGCCAAAAAUUCGGACACACUCCAUUAAGAUGUAUUGACAAAGAUACUAACAAAUUCACUUGCCAUAAAUGUGCUGAAGCCCAUGACACCAGUACAUGCACAAGUGCUGUUCUCAAAUAUGCCAAUUGUGGAGGUCCCCAUCAAUCAGGCUCUGCCGAGUGUAGCAGCCUGAAGAAGGAGACUGAGACAUUGGCAUAUAUGAGGAAACAUGAAGUUAAUUAUAAUGAAGCUAAGAGGAAAGUUGAAAGUUUGACACACAAACCCGAUACUUCCUAUGCGUCAGCAGUAACUAACGUCACUCGUAGUGCAAGUAAUGUCAGUGAAGAGCUUGCAGCUAAAGAUAAAGAUAUUGCUGAUUUAAGUAAACUGUCAGAGAAUUCAAUAUUAAAGUAUAUCAGCUGA